CAGCCCUCAGGAGGAGGGGGACGGAGAGCAGAACCAGGGGUCGGACCCCAACACCACCCAGACCAGGAAGAUACACUCCUCCUCGCCUCCGCCUUCAUCACCACCAUCAUCAUCAUCAACAGCCCCUACAACCACCACUCCCAGCCCAGCCAACCCUCAGACUGUGCUAGCCAAACAGCAGGUCCCUGUGAACCUGACCCAUAAGAAGUCAGACACCCUACCAGAGAAACCAAGGCACCCUGACCCACCUGCUCAAAUGGAUCAGGCAACCCCCUCUGACCCCACAGCUUCAUCCCCCCAUUCCCCCCCUCCCUCAUCACCCCGUUCCCCCUCGGUGAAGGACCCUAGCAGUGAGGCAGGUGUUAAUGGUGAGGGAGGUAUGCUGAAUGGGGGAGUACCUACAGUCACCUGCCAUCCUACCAGACUCACAAAUAUCAAAGGUCGCAAACAUAACUGUUCUUCCUCAGCCGCCCCCACUAACGUGAACUCAACAACAAGACCUCCAGCCUCCAGCCCCCAUCGGGCUGACCUUGCAGCCCAGGACAGGACUACAGGCUUCAGCUGCCCUCCUACACCGCCCCCAUCCACACCCCUACUUCCAGACCAGAGAGGAGCCCCAGUGGCUGAUGGGAGACUGAGUCCUGCUGCCUCCCUCACCAGCCUGAGCAGGAGACCAUUACCACAGUCCUCCAUGGGAAAUGAGAGAGGGAGAGAGGAGAAAGCAAAGAAAAAGAAAGAGAAAGAUGAGAAAGCGAGGGGUGAGAAAGGGAAGGGCAAGAGAGGGGAGAAGGGGAGAGGGAAGGAAGACAGGGGGAGGAAUGAGAGUCCAAAGAUGGACAGAGAUGAGAAAGCAAGGGAUGAGAGAGGGAAGGAGGGAACUGGGAUGGAUGAGAGAGGGACGGAUAUGACUGGGAAGGAGGAGAGAAAGGGGGAAGAGGACAAGGAAAGCGAGAAGCCCAGAGACUUGAGGAUGAAUAAAUUGCCCUCUUCUACAAGGUGUCAGAUAUUGCCUGAGGUUCAGAGCAGGAAGACAGGUACACCCAGCCCAAACCCAGACCUGACCAGCAGAACAGGGGAAUCAGAUGAUCCAGGUGGCCCCUCAAGACCCACCGUCUAUCCCUCCAACCCCUCCUCUCCCCUCACCUCCCUCCCUCCUCCCUCUCUCUCUCUCCGCUUCUCCUCUCCUCCUACCUCCCCCCGAGAGCAGGACAGCCGUCCGCUGAAGAAGCGUAAGACCCGACGGCCAAGCUGGACCAGGCUGGUGAACCGGGCACAGAGACUGGCAGAGAACCCAGAUGGCCCCCAAGAUGCCCCCUUAGUUGCCCCACUGACCACCACUACCCCCCAGACACCCCCCACUACCCCCCAGACACCCCCAACUACCAACUCACCCAACCUUCGGUCAACUGAGUCAUGCCUAGCCCCCUUCGUUCCUCUACCCCCCAGUCCGUCCUCCCUCUCCCCCUCUACCUCCACCCCUGUGAGACCCAGACCAGCAGGGCGACCCCCAUCCCCCACCCAGACUUACCUGUUGACCUCUGAUCCUAGCCCUUCACCUGGACCUGACCGUCCCGUAUUUCAGGCCAGAAAAAGGGGUCGCCCCAAAUCCCAAACCUCAAGCUUGGACGAACCUCCACCCAGACACUUGCCCAAACCUAACCGAGCUGAGGUGCUCCCUCAUGGGCAUGAUGAGACUCUGGACCCCCAUGUGCUCAACCCAGUGCUGGAUCACAGUCUUACCCUCACCAAUCCCUCUAGCCCCAACCCUACACCCAGGAAACAAGGUCGCCCCAAACGGCUGCCCCCCUCCCCCCUCCUCCCCAAACAGACUCUCCAGGACCAGAACAGGGAUACACUGACCCCCUCUGGAAGUGAGGAGGGGGGUAAAGACUUCCCCUCUGAAAAGGGGAACAGGCAGCUGAGGAUGAGGAGCAUCAUCGGAGAGAUGAAGAGGAGGAAGAGGAGGCUACUCAGGGAGAUGCUUUCUGGGUGUGGGGGGCCUGUCUCCCUCGCUCACCUGAAAGAGGCCACACCCUCACCUAUCAGCGAAUCACACAGCGAGGAGAUGUUGCCUAGUGACAGUGUGAUUGGAAUGGACCACAACAGUAUCUCAGAGCGGGGGGAGAGGAGGGGCCGUGGGAGAGGGGGGGUAACCAUGGGAAUGACCUCAGAGGUCACCAGGUCAGUGUUCCAGACAGGCUUGGGGAUCAGCCUGAAGGGUCAGAGACAACUGUCUCCCUCCAUGUUACCAGAACACCCCUCCCCUGUACCCACACCCCUCAGAGUGUCGGCCCCCUCCGCCUUCCCCAGACACACACACCCUGCUACCCCUCCUUCUGACUUAGUGGAACCCAGAGACAGACAGAGGCGGAGGGGGUACGAAUGCCCCUAUACCUGCCCCCCCUGCCCCUGCCUAGGGCACAACCAGCGCUCCCACCUGGACCUCUGCCCCUGCCUCGCACACAACACACUCAAAAGACAGAAACACAAACGCAAGAGGAAGUACCAGCACCUGCUCAUGCACGACCCAGACUUCCUGUCUGAACUGGACGAUCUUAUUGGGCAGUUCAGCGAGGUCCGCAUCGGGCGCCACCAGGAUUGGGCCAGACUGGAUCUCGAUGAGAGUGGGGAGAAAAGACGCCACUCUUCCUCAUUGUCAUCGCAUAAUUUCCGCUCAAACAUUUACAGAAUUAACUUGAGUGGAUACUACUCGCCUCACCCCCUGUCUUACCCCCCUCACCCCUCCUUCUCCCCCCUCCACCCCCACCCCCACCCCUGCCACGGCCUGCCAUAUGGCAGCAGAAAGCCCGAGCGGAGGUUGAGCUGUGGCUGUCCCAACAAGCCCUGUGAGUCCCUAGACCAGGGUGACUGUGGCCAGGGGCGGAGGUGUCCCUUACAGGGUAACACAGGGCACCUCCACCCCUCCUCUCUCAGUAACCCCCUGUCCUCCUCCACCACCUCUUCCACCACCCCCAUGCCUCUGGGUUUUGGCUACUACAGAGGCUAUCCUCUGACCAUGGCCCAUUACCCAAACCCCCACCUCCACCCCUCCUUUCCCCUGCCUCCCCCUAACCCCUACGCCCCCCACCACCCCCACCUCCACCCCCCUCACCUCCUCCUCAACCCAGCCAGGUUCCACAGGAGGAGGAGCAGGCAGCUGAGGGAGGCUGGGUUGGGUGGAGGGGGAGGUGAGGACGUGAGGGGUAGGGGUGAGGGAGAGAGGGCCGGGGUCCGUUCCUGUCCAGCAGGGUCCAUCCCUGGUCGGUCCUGUGCCUGUGGGGGGAGUGAACACAAGCUCAGACACAAACAUCGUCACAGACAGCGUGAUCGUGAACGAAAGGAAGAAGAGGAGGAAGAGGAGGAGAGAGUGGCAGGGUCACAGCCAAGGUCAGAGUUCACCACAGGGUCCGGAGGAAGUAGAAAGACUGGAGGACAAGGGAGUGCUGGGUUGAUGGAGUCUCCAUGGCAACAUAGGCACGGCAAAUACCCCUCUACUUUCUCCUCUGCUUCUGCUAAACCAGCCUCUUCAUCAUCAUCAUCAUCAGAGAGGCUCAAACACACACCCCUCACCUGUCUAGGCUCCUCUCACCUGUCCUCGUUUGGGGAGGCCUGGGGGGGUCGGCAGCACCCCUGGCUGAGGAGAGGGGGGCUGGGGGCAGGAUUCAGACCCCCCGACCCCACCUGGGGCACUCUGACAGAGGGGCAGAGGAUGGCCGCUGUGGGGAGGUCAGAGAGAGAGGCGGGGGAGAGCCACACACCCUGUCACAGCACCUUCACCCCUCAGACACACACCAAUCUCUUCACCUCCUCUGCCACCAGUGGGAGGGGCAUGAGGAGCGGAAGAGACAAUUGGAGACCAGGGAGCCAAGACGGGUCACUGAGGAGGGAGGAGCCAUCACAGACCGAGAGGAGAGGCACAGGCCCACACUAUGACCUGAGCAGGAGGCAACUGAAGUGGCUGAGAACCGGUCAACGUUUUGGGGCUAAGAGAGGGCCUGGACGACCCAGGAAGAACCCUCUACCCUCCCCCAUGGUCUCCCCCUUCCUCUCCCGUACAACCCCACCAAACCCUCCAACUGAGACACACGUCCAGAACAGAAACAGAGGAAGUAGAGGAGGAGGAGAUACAGUGCAAGAGGUGAUUGAAGCUGUGAUUCGGCGCCAGAGGAGGAGAAGACGGAAGAGGAGGCGCAUUGAGGAAGAGGAGAAAGAGGAGGGUGAGCAUCCACCCUGUCUCCAAAGUUCUGGUGAAGGUGAGCCAGUCACCCACACCCCCGCCAUAUGCAUAGGCCAAUCAGAGCUAAGUCAAGCUCCAUCCCUAACACCGGCCAGCCAAUCAGAUAAGGGAGCUGACCAGCUGCCUAGGAAGAGGUUUCAGAGGGCGGGGCUCUACUCAGAUGACUACAAAACUACAGAUCCCUCCUCUCAGAGCCAGCUGAACAGAGAGAGACUGGAAUAUACACCAGGAGAACAAGACUACAGCCUCCUGCCUGCUCCCAUACAUGUCGGGAAGUACCUAAGAAUGAGACGUAUUGACUUUCAGUUGCCCUUUGAUGUCCUGUGGCUCUUCAGGCACAACCAGCUCCACAAAGAGCCUGAUGUUCCUCUGACCAGAGAGAUCUCAUCCUGCCAACCAAAGGAGAAGAGCCUGUCCAGUCACCAGACAGGGGUGUCCCUCCCUCCCUCUCCCUUGGAGGAGGGUUCCAGUCCCAGUAAGAAGCUGUUUCCCCACCUGGACAUGGAGCCUAUGACCACCAGUGACAGGGUGUUCGUCCUGAAGCAGCACGUGUUCCUUUUGAGGAACUGGGAGAGGGUCAGUGACAGACAGAUACGCCUGAGGAGGGGGAGAGAGGGGGAGCGAGAGAAAGAAGGAGAGAAGGAUGGAGGAGGAGUUUCCAGCGAUGUAGCUACUGGGGACAACAACAGCCACAUCAUGUCAGGUCGACGAAUGGUGGUGAAGAAGAAGGUUGUGUUGACUAGUGAGCCCCUUCGUGAUCCCCAGUGCCCCCCUAACCCCCUCAGCACCACACCCCAUCUCACUCAACCUCAGAACAGACGAGAGGAGAAAAAACAGGGGGAGGAGGAGGGCCAGAGGGAGGUGCGGAAGGAACGACUGAACAACAUACUCCUGAAGCUGUGGCAGGCAUGAUUGGUGACAGAGAGGAAAAGGAAGGAAGGAGGAAAUCUUCUUCCUCCAAGUAGCUCAGCUCAGUGUCUUUUUCUUCCUCCAAGUAGCUCAGCCUCUCUUCUUCCUCCAAGUAGCUCAGCUCAGUCGCUCUUCUUCCUCCAAUUAGCUCAGCUCAGUCUCUCUUCUUCCACCAAGUAGCUCAGCUCAGUCUCUCUUUUUCCUUCAAGUAGCUCAGUUCAGCUAACUUUGCACUAGUGUUGGGGGGCGCUUCCCCUCGUUAUAAGUUAUAAAGAUUCUUUUCGGCUUUGUUUCUGAGAGGAAUGUGGGAUGGGUGUUGUUGUUUGCUGUACCAUUGAGAAUGAUUGACAGAUGGUCAGCAGACCAGUGACAGUCUGAUUUAAUAGUCAGAGAGGGCGGAAGGGAUGGAUGGAGACCAUAGUCCAGGGUUCUUCAAUUCCGGUCCUGGAGGGCCGAAACACCAGUUUUUCAUCC